UUGUGAAAAGGCCUACAUUGUGUCACAUUUCAGGAAUCGUCACUCAGGUGUGUGGGACUGGCUAGCUGUUUUUGAAUUGAAGCCGUCGUACUUGAAUUGCAACCUGCACCUGGCGCGACUUUCUCCAGAGAAGUUGAUCUAACGAGCGACAUUUGAAAAGUAACUUUAACUGAAUACCAAAAAAAGGCCAAAAUGAGCAAAAUUUCUAAAUUGUUCAAGGGAAGCUCAAGUUCGAGCUCUUCUAGCCACUAUCCAAGCUCUUCGAAGUCGAAACAUGGCCAUCGGUCUCGGACAGGACCUACCCCGCAGGAGGCCAUUCACAAACUUCGAGAAACAGAGGCGAUGCUGGCGAAAAAACAGGACUUCUUAGAAAAUAAAAUUGAACAAGAAAUUAUGAUAGCAAAGAAGAAUGGCCUCAAGAAUAAACGUGCGGCCCUCCAGGCACUGAAGAGGAAGAAGCGCUUUGAGCAGCAACUCACCCAGAUUGACGGGACCCUCUCCACCAUCGAGUUCCAAAGGGAGGCAUUGGAGAAUGCCAACACCAACACUGAGGUCCUGAAGACCAUGGGCUACGCUGCCAAGGCCAUCAAGGGGGUCCAUCAGAACAUGGAUCUGGAUAAAAUUGACUCUCUGAUGCAGGACAUCACUGAGUCGCAGGAAGUGGCCCAGGAGAUCUGUGAUGCUAUCUCCCGACCUUUCGGAGAUGCAUUUGAUGAGGAUGAGCUGUUAGCAGAGCUGGCAGAAUUGGAGCUGGAGGAGAGCAUGACGAACAUGGGCAGAGUGCCCAGUGUGCCCGCCUCCAAACUGCCCACCUCCAAGCUGCCCUCAACUCGACCCAGCCAGCGCACUCCGUCCAAGAAGAGGGUAGAGGAUGAUGAAGACAUGCAGAUGCUGGCAGCUUGGGCUGUGUAACUAACACACACCAGACUCUAAAUGUACGAAGGUUAAUUUGAAUGUUUUUAUCUUUUUGUUCUAAUAAGUUUCUUAGGGAAGAGCCAAUGAUCUCUAUUCUGUUGGAUUGUUUUUAUGCGUGUUGUACAAAUAUGGAAGUGAAGUAUUGGAAUGUGA